CCUCGUCUUUCCCCCGUCGCGGCUGGGGGCUGCGGGACCCCGCGCGGGGGAGCAAACUGUGAGACUGUGUCCAGCCAGGCCUUGAGGAGCCCCUACAAAUGCCCUGGUCGGGGCUCUCCCCGGCGUCGUGGGGAGAGGAGGCGGGCGGGGGCGCCGGCGUUGUGCCAUAUGCCAUCUCCUCCUUUCAAGUACUUUCUUGCUAGAAACGCGGAGGCCUCGGGCUGUCACUGGGGGCUCAGGGAGUGCGUCCACCUCGGGGUGUACAGCCAGUGCCCUUCGAGCGGAGGAGUAAAGUAUGAAGAAGUAAUAAGAGUAAAGAAGUAAUGGAUGAAGCAGCUAUUUUCGAAUUAUCUGCGCAGAAGAAAUUUGAUGAAAUUAAGAAGGCUAAUCAGGCUGCAGCAAAAAAGCUAGUUGAAGACCAGUUUAGCUCCUCAUCUGAAGAUGAUGAUGAAGAUGCUGAAGUAAAACAAGGAAAGAUUUUGGCCAAAACAUUUACCGUUUACACCAGUCAAACUGAUGGAGAUGCAAGUGAACUGGAACGUACAAGACAGUAUCUGAAUGAUGCUUUUCAGUCGGGAGCUAUGACAUGUCUGAUCUGCAUUGCCUCAGUUAAAAGGAACCAAGCUGUCUGGAGCUGCUGUGGAUGCUUUUGUAUAUUUCACCUGGUGUGUAUCCAGAAGUGGGCUAAGGACAGCCUUUUCCUUGUGUCUUCUCCUUUGACAGAUGAUGAUUUUGGGAAGAAAGAUUAUCCCUGGCCAUGUCCAAAAUGUAGGUUUGAAUACAAACGGUCUGAAACUCCCAGUAGGUAUUACUGUUACUGUGGAAAAGUGGAAAAUCCAACAGUGGACCCGUGGCUGGUACCUCACUCCUGUGGUCAGAUAUGUGAAAGGGAAUUCAAACCUUCUUGUGGUCAUAAAUGUUUGCUGCUUUGUCAUCCAGGACCAUGUCCACCUUGCCCAAAGAUGGUGACAAUAACCUGUCACUGUAAGAAAGCUAAACCAGUGCCCCGAAGGUGCAGUGCCAAGGAAUGGUCGUGUCGCCUGCCCUGUGGACGGACAUUGCUGUGUGGACAGCACGCUUGUGAGAAUUCCUGUCACGCAGGAGAUUGUCAGCCUUGUCCACGAGUCAGUAAACAACGGUGCAUCUGUGGAAGACAGACAGCAGAAAGACUUUGUGCAAGUCCUCAGUGGCAGUGUGAUCAGGUGUGUGGGAAACGUUUGCCUUGUGGUAACCACACAUGUGAAAAAGUUUGUCAUGCUGGUCCCUGUGGAGACUGUCCUCGUUCUGGGAAAAGGUCCUGUCCAUGUGAAAAAUCAAAGUUUACAUUGCCUUGUACAGAAGAUGUGCCCACCUGUGGCGAUAGUUGUGACAAAGUUCUGGAAUGUGGCAUCCAUAAAUGUUCACAGCGCUGUCAUCGAGGUCCCUGUGAAAUAUGUAGGCAGGAAGUUGAAAAGCAGUGUCGCUGUGGAAAGCACACCAAACGCAUGCCAUGUCAUAAGCCAUAUUUGUGUGAGACAAAGUGUACCAAAAUUCGUGACUGCCAAAAGCACCAAUGUAGAAGAAAGUGCUGUUCUGGAAACUGUCCACCUUGUGAUCAAGUCUGUGGGCGAACUCUAGGCUGCAGAAAUCACAAAUGCCCCUCAGGCUGCCACAGAGGUAGUUGUAAUCCAUGUCCAGAAACAGUAGAUGUGAAAUGCAACUGUGGAAAAACUGUCAUUAAAGUGCCCUGUGGCAGAGAGCGCACCAUCAAACCUCCCAAAUGCAGACAGCUCUGCAGUCGACCACCUACCUGUCACCACUCUACCCAGGAGAAACACUACUGUCACUUUGGCCGGUGUCCUCCAUGUCGUCAGUCCUGCCAGAAAACAUUAACGUGUGGUCACUUGUGCCCUGUUUCCUGCCAUGAUGAAGCACUUGUGAAGCAAACUAGCUUACAUCAGUCUGCAGGUCCUUGGGAACAGCCAUCUGAGCCAGCUUUUAUUCAAACUGCAUUACCAUGCCCUCCCUGUGAGGUUCCUAUACCAGUGGAGUGUCUUGGGCAGCAUGAGGUUAGUCCAUUACCAUGUCACUCUGCAAAUCCCUACUCAUGUAAAAGAUCUUGUGGGCGGCUUCUUGAUUGCCAGAAUCACACCUGUAUGAAAGAAUGUCAUCGUGUGACUAAACUGAAUAGUAGUCCAGGUGGAAAGAAGGCAGGUCCAGAAUGUUUGCAGUGUGAAGAGGAGUGCACCAAGCCCCGGCCCUCUGGCUGUCCUCACCGGUGUGUUUUGCCCUGUCAUCCUGGGGAUUGCCCAUCAUGUCUCCAGAUGCUUAAAAUAAAGUGUCACUGCAAACUAUCAACACUGUAUAUUGAAUGCUUAAAAUUAACACGUGCUGAUUUAAAAGAAAAGGAGCUGCUUAUUUCUUGCAAAAAUCAGUGCCCAAAAGAGUUGCCCUGUGGUCACCGGUGUAAAGAGAUUUGCCAUUCAGGUAGCUGUCCUCUGAACUGCAGCCAGAAGGUGAAACUCCGCUGUCUCUGUAAGAGGCUGAAAAAGGAAAUACAGUGCAGCAAGAUACAAGAAGGCCAGGUUUCACUGGAAUGUGACUCAUUGUGCAAGGAAAUGAAACGGAAAGCAUCUGAGAUAAAAGAGGCAGAAGCCAAAGCUGCUAUUGAAGAAGAGAAACGAAGACAACAGGCUGAACUGGAAGCUUUUGAAAACAGAUUGAAAGGGCGAAGGAAGAAUAAGAGAAGAAAGGAUGAAGUAGAAGUUGAACAAUCAUUGUGGCAAAAGUACAAGAACCUCAUAAUGCUGCCAGUGUUUGGAGUUGCUGUUGUGAUGGUUGCAUGGCUCAUGGUCUACAAUGACUGAAACAGCUCAGUAUUUAAUAUACCUCAGUCGGGCUUUAGGUAGCUGUUACUUCUAGAAUGUUAAUCUUUCUGUAACAGAACUUAAUAUACAUAGAUUCUGUAGGUAUACUGUUUGCCAAGAAAAGUGCAGAGGAGGGGAGAAAUGUCAUCUUUUGUGUUACUACAUUCACAGCACAAACCCAAAUUCAGGUACUGAAAGUAAUGGUAGCUUUUAGUCUCCACUGGAGUGCUGAUAUAAGUAAUCGGACUGAGAUCCGUUACCAUAUCUCCUAGUAAUAUAUUGUGUUACUUUUUCUUGUCUGCAUUUCAUAGUAUUAAAGAUAGCUCAGUAUAAACUGUUUAUUGAAUAUGUUUCCUGUAAAAUCCAUUUAGAGGUUUAUUGAAGAUUAGUAUUCUUAACACUGGCCUUUAUGUUGUAUCACACAAUAGUUCCCGUUCUUCAAGUCAGUUUUAAUUGUAACAGCUAAUUAGAUCACUUCACUUGAAGUGAUCACUUAUGCUUGAAUAUUCUGGAGCCUCAUGUCAGGACUCUGUUGAAAGUAAGUGUGAGCUGUCUUUCAAGUCAACUGUAUAACAAACAAUAAAAUGGGCCCCCUUACAGACUGUGAGGUUUGGGUUUUGGUGUGUGUGUCCUUGCCUCUCUCCCCCCCUUGCUUCCUCAAAAUGGAGACAGUUGAAAACUCCAUUUUGUAGACAUAUGGAUAUGCUGGGUGUGGAUGUGAAGUAGUUUCCAGGUACAGGGAUGUGCUCUUAUCACCUCCCACCCCCCAUCGCCAACAGCAGGAAAGCAGUUUGGAAUUGAUCUGAGAGCAUGACUUGACUAUUGGUAAGUGGGCAUAUUUUCCCAUCACAAAUCCCACAAAAGCAGUGGGACCAUUUCUGAGAAUUGGCAGAGAAGACUACAGUUUGUUUGAAAGCUCUUGUGGUUGAUUUUGGCCUACCUGUAAAGGGGCUCUGCACUGAUUUGAGCUGAUACACAAUUGUAGUUACAGUUCAGCGGCAGGAGGAAAAAGCUGAUGUAAAAGGCAAUAGCAUUUAGAUUGCAUAGGCUGACAAAACGGGGAGAAAAUAAUCAUCUUUUGAAACAUGCACCAAAGUCUGAUGAAAGAGAAGAGGGGUGAGGAAAACUUGAGAAUAUUUAGCAGGGAUUAGUGCUUUUUGGUAGUGUUUUACCUUUUUUAAGAAUUUACUUUGUGGAAACGAACGUCACCUCAGCCGUGGUGUGUCAGGCCAUUGGUAAAUAAAGGUGUGGAAUUAAUGGUAGUUACACUAGGCAAUCCUGGCUGCAUCUCUUAUGGAAUUCUCUUGUUUUCUAGUAUAAGGAAUAAACUGUUUCCCAUGUUGUUACCUUAACUCUUUUCUAUAUUAUUAUUGAUGCUUGGAAGGUAAUUUCAUUUCUCAGUGUUGUUUCUUUAGCCAAGUGAGGUGAUGCUGUUAUGUGACUGCUUAUGCCAGUAACUUUCCUGUCACUGAGAGAAAGAUUCGGUUCAUCUGAAGGAAAAUGUACAAGUACAAAAGAGUACAAAAAGAUACCUUUAUAGCUGAAACAUUCAGAUCAACACGAAUGAGACCAUUGUGGAAACAGCUUUUAUCUUAAACGACUGUAAUUCCUCUCUCAGUUUACUGCUAGCUUUUUCAUUAAAACCAAGUACAAUGGGAAGUUCAUCCUUGCUUCCAGAGCAAAGAGAAGAAAUCUCUACAGAGCUAUAAAAAUGAACUGCACUUGAGUUACGUGUUUGACGUAGUUCUUGGUAUUCUUUUCUGCAUAUUUUGCAAUAUUGUGUGAAAUACUGGAGAAGACAAGAUUUGCUUCUCACCAAUGUUUAUUGUAGUAAGAAAGCACACCGAUCUUUACGAAUUCAUUCCAUUCAUACAAAUGUGUGUAUACAAGUAGUUAUAUUCCCUUUCUUUGUGAUUUGUGUAUCUCCUGAACUUUACAGGAGACAUACCUAUUUUUGAAAUGUUAUUCAAAAUAGUUCUGUAUAUCUUUAUCCAAUCAUCUGAGUCAUUUGCACUCUGUUGGUCUGCCUGACGAACCAGAUAUUUGUUUCUUGGCAUAAACAAAGUGUGGGGGUUCAAGCAAUCUGCAGUUUAAUAAAUCACUGGUUUCGGUUUGUUUUUAGAGUUAUUUUUGCAGUUAAUUUUUUUCCUUUUAUUGUGGUUGGAAUGUUGCAGGCACGUCCACCUUUGAAGUAAAAUGUACACGUACAAUCACCUGUUAUUCAGAGAACUCUAGAAAGGAAAUACUGAAGGGAGGGGGGUCAGCAAUUGAAAUGUAAUGUAUUGUUACACAAUGUAAUGAGCAAAUACCUUCAGCGGUAACGAUUUCCCCCAAUGUGUACAUUCAUAAGUGAAUAUCAAAACCAAUGAUGCCAUCUGACUUGCUGUUAAAGGGAAAUUGCAGGAGAGAAGCCUGAUGGUGAGGGCACUUUGCAUGCAGAACAGUGAGCUACAUGUAAAAUGGAAAGCCCUAGGGAGGCUUUUCCUGAGGGCAAGCACGCUGUGGUGAGCGUUUGUGGUGCUUACAAGGUGUCAGGGUAUUUUGGAUCGGAAACUCCUUGGACAAGUUUGUUCCCUGUAACAAUAACACAGCCAUUGUGUGUGUGAAGUUAAUGUAAAAACCAAG